GGAAAUCCACAGAGAGAGAAAAGAACCACCAAAAGGGCAAAAGACAUUUACAGUUGAAGAAGCUGUGGAAACCAUUGGGUUUGGGAGGUUCCAUAUCAUGCUCUUCCUCAUCAUGGGCAGCACUGGGCUCAUCCACCACGUGGUCAUAGUCAUGGGCACCACCACGGGUUUUGGAAAACACAUUUCCCAGCGAACCAAACAAAUUCCUAGGGCUCCCUUACAGGACAAGAAGACUGCCACGACUGUAGACAUCAGAAAUUAAGCUGAUGAGAACAGAUGUCCACACCCACAGCAAGUAAUGCCAAAGCCAAAGAAAUCCCCCCUUCUAGGUUCUUAUUUUGAAAACCUUGCCAUCCACCCCCAGCUUUGAGGGUUGCAGCAGUGAGUGCUUACACAAAGGAAGCCAUCCCCCAAAAGCCUCUCACUUGUGGUUCUGGGCACUGCAGUUCAUCCUGCUGCCCUGACAACACACAGCUCACCCACAGCUCAAAGAGCAGAGCUGCCCCAUGUAGCUGGGAAUGGGCCCUCCACAGCUGUGUUUCAAUUCCCCUCAGAUGGUGUUUUUUGGCUACAUGGUGUUCAGCAUAGUGCUCGGGCUCCUGGCCGACAGGUAUGGCCGCUGGAAGAUCCUACUGCUCUCCUUCCUCUGGGCAGCCUAUUUCUCCCUGCUGACCUCGUUUGCCCCAUCCUACAUCUGGUUUGUGUUCCUGCGGGCCAUGGUAGGCGGUGGCGUGUCAGGCCACGCGCAAGGACUUAUCAUAAAAACUGAGUUUUUGCCCACCAAAUACCGGGGAUACAUGUUGCCCUUAUCUCAGGUGUUUUGGCUGGCAGGAUCCUUGUUAAUCAUUGGCCUGGCAUCAGUGGUGAACCCAACCAUCGGCUGGCGGUGGUUGAUCAGAAUUGCCUCCAUCCCUGGCAUCCUUCUCGUCCUGGUGUUCAAGUUCAUCCCAGAGUCAGCACGGUACAACAUGUCCACGGGAAACACGGGGGCUGCUCUGGCCACGCUGCAGAGGAUAGCCAGGAUGAACGGGGUGGCCAUGCCACAGGGACAGCUGAGGGAGCCUGCCAAGGAAAGAAGGGGAAGAUUCAAGGACCUCAUCCACCCCAAAUACCUCAGAACCACUUUGCAGAUAUGGAUUAUAUGGCUCGGCAUAGCUUUCGCUUAUUACGGUGUCAUAUUGGCCAGCGCUGAGUUGCUGGAGAGGGACCUUGUCUGUGGCUCCACAGCCCCACCACUGCAGGACUCCAGCAGUGACCCUGAGGAGAGCCACAGCCCCUGCCACUGCCACUUGUUUGGGCCCGCUGCCUAUCAGACCAUGAUCAUCAGCACAGUCGGGGAGAUCGCACUAAAUCCUGUGAACAUUCUCAGCAUCAAUCUCCUUGGAAGACGUCUAAGCCUGUGUAUCACCAUGGGAUGUACAGCUCUGUUCUUUCUGCUUCUUAAUAUCUGCACCUCGAGUGCAGGCAUGGCUGGCUUUCUCUUCAUGCUGCGUGCCUUGGUUUCAGCAAACUUCAACACCAUCUACAUUUACACAGCAGAGGUUUAUCCCACCACAAUGCGAGCGCUGGGGAUGGGGACAAGUGGGUCAUUGUGCCGUGUGGGAGCAAUGGUGGCUCCAUUUAUAUCACAAGUUCUUAUGAGCGCUUCUUUCAUGGGGGCCCUGUGUCUCUUCUCCUCUGUGUGCAUCACCUGUGCCAUCUCUGCAAUCACACUGCCCAUCGAGACCAAGGGCAGGGCCCUGCAGGUGGGUACCAGCACGCCAGGAGCUCCUCUGGAUCUAAAUGCUGUUAGGGGAUGAUGCAGCCAGAAUCCAAACCCAGCUCUCCUGAGGUUUCACAAGCCUGAUAGGCGCUCACAGGAACGCGCUGCUGCAGCAGCUUCAAGCGCUCUUAUCCCAGUUAUCCAAAGCUUGUUUCUCGUGAAAGAACAAGCCAGGCUGCCAGCCCCAGCCACCUCAUGUGUGUGAGCUUUAGCUCGUGCAAGCCCCUCUCUACAUCUAUCUCCAAGCCUGACUUAAAGGUGCAGCUUCCCAGGCACAUGCUCUGCUCUGCCAGGAGAGGGGACAGCAGAUGUACAGAGCACCUAAACUACCAAAGUUCUUAAUCAAAUUCAAGGCAAGAGCCUCACCUUCAUCUACCAGCUAAGACCUUAUGGUCAGUGUUUUCUAUGCAGCAAUCAGCCAAAGCACUAAGCCCAAAGAUUAAGGGGCACAGUUUAAAUUUAGCAGUCUCCCAUGGGCAAGUCACACCAGUUUAAUUAGAGGAGGUGGUGAACAGUCCUGUGAUUUCAAUAAAUUCAGCUAUAGCAGCAUUGAGAUUUUUUCAGCAUGCAGCAGCAGCAUGAUCACACCACUCUGCAUCACUCUGCAGACUGACCUGUACAGACCACAAGACCACAGGCUAAGAAUAAUCCAUAUUCUUUAGCAGCCUAGAGCAUGACAGAUCAAACUAGGUUUAUGAAGGCUUCCAAACCAGACAUCUAAAAACCCAUCCCUACAAACAUAGGGCUUGCUUGUCACAAAUACCCAAACACAUUAAUUUCCAUGUAUCCAUUCCUGUUGGGUUUUAUGUGCAUUUUAUUAAUUUUAUGUCUUAUUUUUCCCCCUUUUUAGCAAGUAAAAUGAGACCCAUUGUUUGAUGUUGGAUUGGGUAGAAAAGAAAAAGAAACCCCUGGAAUCUGUUGCUUCCUGUGAGCUGCAUUUGAUGUUGAUUGCUUCUCCAUACUGUUUCCAUUAUUAAAAAAUAA